AUGAAGAUAAAUUUUGACAUAGCUUGUGCGGGGGAGAAGUGGUGGUUGGAUCUUCAUGAGCUAGAGGAACUUCGACUUAAUGCUUACGAUUGUGCUAGCACCUACAAAGCUCGCUCCAAGGAGGUUCAUGACAAGUUGAUUGAGAAAAAGGAGUUUUGUGUAGGUGACAAAGUCCUCCUCUACAAUUCAAGGAUGAAGUUGUUCCCUGGAAAGCUCAUGUCACGAUGGAGUGGACCAUUCUUGGUGAAAGAUGUUUAUGAUAAUGGUGCCGUGGAGAUUUCUCCUUUGAACUCCUCAUCUUCAUUUAAGGUUAAUGGUCAUCGGCUCAAGAAGUACUAUGAUGGAGUUUUUGUUGGACUUGUUCACAAAAUGAUUCGUUUUAAGCCACCUUGA